UUAGCCAAUUCAAAAUCUAUUAUAUCACCUGAAAAACAAGCUGAGCGACUGAUAUCACAUUUACGUGAUACUCUAGUUGAGGUUCAACAUGAUCUUCAUAUACUUUCAAAUCAAUUAUCAUCAUCAUUUAAUCAAGAAAUGAUUACAUCAAUAAUCGAUGAUUAUCAUACAUUAAAUAGUCGUAUAUUAUCAAGAAUAGAUAGUUUUGAACAAUUAAAUAAAUUAAUUCAAUUUAUACAAAAUAUAUCAAUACGAAAUAGAUUGAAUUAUGAAAACCAAUUAAUAAAUAAUGAUUAUGACUAUGUAUAUAAAGAGAUACAAUUUAAUUUAAAUAAAUUUCGUUUAUGUAAUGAAAGUGAAAAAUUAUUUAAUGAAAAAAUUUAUCAAAUAUUAAAUUGGUUAAAACAAAAACAAAUUUGUUUAAAUGAAUCAAUAGAAUUAACUAAAACAACAAUAGGUCAUACAACAAUUUUAAUAGAUUUAAAUGAAAAAUUAAAAAAAUUAAAAAGUUUAUCAGAAGACAUUGAAAAUUAUCACACAACUAUUGAAGAGAUUAAAUUAAGCGGUGAACAGUUAUGUAAAUCAGGUAGAUUUUUUGUAAAUGAAGAUUCUAUACAAAAUCGAUUAGUAAAUAUAAGUGAUAUUUAUGAAGAACUGCAAUCAGACAUAAAACGAAAAUUGUUUAUUUUAGAAUCUGCUUUGCCUGUAGCGCAAUCUUUAACAUCUUCUGUGAAUACGCUCAGUUCACGUUUGCUUAAUGUUGAAUCACGGCUUAAUGGAUUACUAGAAAUCAAUACAAAAGACGUUUGUUCAGCUGAGUUACAAAAGUCAUUAAUAGAUCAGUUAGAAUAUGAAAUGAUCAACGGACUAGAACCACAAUAUCAACAAGUUCACAGUCUUUGGAAUCAAUUAAAACAAAUUUGUAAACCUAUUGAUUUGUUUGUUACUCCUUCAACAUUGACAACAACACAUUUCCCCGAUCAUUCAGAUGCUAAACUUGGACAUGUAGAACAAAUCGAUAAUGAAUUAAAACGAUAUGACGAAUUCACUGAAAAGCUUACCGAUUUAGCUAAAAUUGUUGGUAGUAAUCGUCAAAAAGCUAAACAAUUAAUGCAUAAAUUAGAAAUCAAAUCACAAUGGUUAGAUUUAGCAUUGAAACGUUUUGAUCCGAAAAUAUCCACUUCACCAUCAUUAGAUUGGGAUAAUUAUUCUGAUGAAAAUCAUUUUAUAAUUAAUAAAUCAUUGGAAAAAAUGCCAACUAUACAUUCACUUGGUACUGAAUUUCCUUAUUUAGCUAUUCUGCCAUAUCAACCUGUUAUGUUAGAUAAACUACAUGAAAGAAUAGAACAAUUUCAAGGGAAUUGGAAAAAAUAUCAAAUUGAUUUAAGUCAAUUAUGCGAUCAAAUUCAUGACAUAAUACAAUCAUCUGCAUUACCAACAAGUUCUGCCAAUCAGAAUAGUGCUAUAAAAUCAUCAUUAUCAUCAUCGCCUAUAAAAACAAACAAAUCUUUCGUACCAUUUACAACAGAUAAAUUUUAUCAUGAAUUAAGUGAUUCUGUGUCUAGUGUUUCAAAACAAAUGAUAACACUUGAUAAUCGGUUAAGUCAAACAGAAAUUAAAUUUGCUGAAGUUUAUCCAUUAGCUAAAUGUUUUACAACUGAUAUGUAUGAAUUUCAAAACUGGCUUCAACAUAUUGAAGAAGCAAAGAAUGAAAUUGCUGACACUUUAUCAGAUUCCAGUGUUACACUUGAUGAUUUAGGAGGUAAUCGUAAACGAAUUGAAAUGAUUAAGAAUUUAGAUAAUGAGAUUGAACGUCAAAAAUCUGUAUUGGAUAGAAUUUUAAGAACAAGUGGACCAUUAUUAUCUUUAGUUGCUCCAAAUGAAGCUAAUACUGUUCGUUUGCAAGUUAAACAAAUCUGUGAUAAUUAUGCUAAUUUACGUAAAUUGAUUAAAACUCGUGCAAUCAAAGCAGAAGCCAAUUUGAAACAAUCAGAUGAGUUUGUCGAGCAAUUACAUUCAAUGUCAGAUCUCUUUUCUGCUAUAUCAGAACAAGCUGUUAGACUAGGCGUUCCUCUGGAAGUAUCCGGCACAACUGUUAAACCGUCUAUAUUAUCUAAUAUUCAAAAUGAAAGUUCAAAACAGUUACUUGACCAACAUCAAGCUUUAGAUAUGUUAGGCAGAAUACAUUCAAUGACAAGUGUUCAACCAGAUCAUUUACAAGAACAUAUUAGUGGAACAUCUGCUCUAAUGGAAGCAUUGGAAUGUCGUUUACCGGAAUUGGAAGCACUUACUAUUAGUAUUCGUGCUCAAUUGGAAUCAAAACCAACUGUAAAAGAGUCGACAACCACACGUGAACCAGGAACAGUUGAAUUAAUUGAAUCGGUUGAUUUAGAAGCAGGCCAAUUGUAUGCUUUACAUAGUUCCAUUUUGAAAAAUGCUGAAAAACUUCAAACAGAUUGGAUACAAUUACGUAACAAAUUAAGUUCACGUGUAAUUACACUACAAUCAGCUUACAAAACAUCAUCAGAACAAUUUUGGCCAAUUAUUUCAGAUCUAAAAAAUAGAUUAGAUAAAAUUAAAGAAUCAUUAAACAUUAUUGGAUCAGGUUGUAGUUUAAAUGAUCCGUGUGUUCGACGUGAUCCCCUUGAUUCAAAUAGUUAUAAAGAACAAUGUAAAGAUUUAUUUGAAUUAAGAGAAGAAUUGAAUGAUAUAAGUCAACAAUUAAAUGAAUCCUAUGAAGCUGGUCAGAAACUGAUUAAUUUAAUUAAUGGACAAAUGACUGACAAUUCAAUAUCAUCAUCUCUAUCACAAACAUCACUACUGCCAACAAUAAUGACUGAUAGUUUUAUUUUAAGACGAGAUGAAGAACAAGCUAUACGUAAUGAAGUUGAUUAUGCUUUACAUGGCUUAAAAGUAUCACAGGAACAUCUUGUUGAUAAAUGUGAAUGUUUAAUUAAACAAUUAAAUGAACGUGAAUUAUGUGCUGCACAGUUUAAGUCUGAUUUAAUAAAUUUAAUAAAAUGGUUAACAGAACAAGAAAAUGUAUGGGAUAAUUUUCAGCCCAUAUCAAAUAAUGUUGAUAUUGUUACGAAACAAUUAAAUGAAAUUGUUCAAUGGAAUGAUAAUUUGAUGAAUAAACAUUCUGAAGUAGAAGCAUUAAAUUGGUUAGCUGGAAGACUGAUGUCUAAUACAGAUAAUGAACGUUUUACUUUGGAUGAUACAAGCGAUGACGGAACAUUUCCAGUACAAAAUACUACAUCAUUACAAUCUGAUUUAACUGUAGCUAAUCGACGAUGGGACAAUUUAUUAGAUUCCGGCAAUAGUAGACGUCAUCGUUUACAAACUGUUCUGCUUGGUUUAGGUGAAUUUGAAAGUGCUAUUGAUGGAUUAACUGAAUGGAUUGAUCAAAUGCAAACAGCUGUAGAUCAAAUACCUAUACGUCGAGCAAAUAUUCGAGGAUUAGAAGCUGAUUUAGCACGUAUUAAAGUAAUUCACCACAAUAUUAACAGUCAUCAACUAGCUGUUGUAAGAAUAGAAGAACAAGCAAGGAAAUUAGAACGUGCUGAUUGCAACAAAAUCGACAAAUUCUCUGGAAUAGAUACUAAUAAAGAUGUCAAAAGAAAAUCAAAGACUUCAGAUUUAAAAACAUCAGAUAUCCGAGAUAAAAUUAUUCAAAUGAAUAAAGCAUGGGAACAUUUGAAACUAAGUGUACGCAAUAAACAAGCAGCAUUAGAAGAAGCACUGAGUGAGACCUUUAGUUUUCAUGGUCAACUGGAUCAACUUAUACGUCGCACUCGACAGUUAAGGAGUCGGAUGCCCCAACCAGGUGCACGCAUUAUGGGUGGUUUACCAGAUAGUGCACGUGAACAGUUACGUCGCUUCAUGGAAGUUUAUGAUGAACUUGUAAAAAUUGGAUCAGAGCUUGAUGAAAUGCGUCGAAAUUCAGCUGCUUUGUUAGUUAAUCAGUCUGCAGCAGAAUCAUGUAAUCAGUUAACUACUAAUCUUGAACGUUUCUCUGAACAUUAUGCUCAGUUGUUAAAACAUGCUCAAGAAAUUCGUGACCGUAUGGAAUUGGGUUUAAAACAAGUCGAAGAAUUACAUGACCAUUUAUCACAAAUGAUGCAAUGGCUUACACAAAUGGAACGUACUAUACUACAACAGAAACCAGUCAGUCGUAUUGUAGCUCGCCUAUUCCAAUUAAUACGUGAUCACACUGAAUUACGUAAAGAAAUUACUGGACAUCGUGAUGCUUUAAUUAAUUUAGAUCGUUUAGCAAGUCAAAUACAAUGUCAAUCACAAAAACAAGAUGUAAUAUUGGUAAAAAAUCUUUUAUCUAGUAUUCAUACUAGAUGGGAGCAAUUAGUUUCACGUAGUGCAGAACGUACACGUCAACUUAACACUGGUCUAAAGGAGGCCAGUAACUUUCUGGAUAAUUGGACAUCGUUAACAGAUUGGUUAAAGGAACAGUUAGCUUCACUGGAGGAAGAUGGUGAUCGUGUCGCUACAAGACCUGAGAAAGUCGCUUAUCAAUUAGCAUUACAUCGUGAAUUACAGCGAGCAUUAAGCACACGUACUGUGGCUUAUGAUGGAGUGCGUCGUUACGCUAGACAACUACGUGAUAGAGCACCAGUAUGUGAUCAUGAUGAGUUAGAUGAUAUGGUCAGUGAAUUAAAGCAUUUGUGGCAAGCAGUUUGUACGAAAGCCUUAGCCAGACAACGCACUUUAGAACAAGCUCUUUUGGCAGCUGGUCUUUAUAAAGAAGCAUUGGAAGCUUUACUUGAUUGGUUAAGUAAGAUUGAACCACAAUUGGCUGAACAACAAACUGGAAACUAUGGUGAUGUGGAUAUUGUCGAGCAAUUGUUAGAAUCUCAUAAUCGUUUCAAAGCUGAGCUGGAACAACAUGCCACAUCUGUGAAAUUAAUACAUCAAGCUGCCAGUGAUUUGAUGAAUAAAGCUUCAUCUACUACUGACUCUGGAGCUGGUUCACCAGCUAGUAAUCAAGCUGAUGUGUUUGCUAUGCAAGCUCAAUUAAAUCAUUUAUCUAAGAUAUGGGAUCGUGUACAGAUUUUAACUCAACGUCGUAGUGAACGAUUGGAUCAAGCAUUAAAAAUGGCGCAGCAAUUUCAGGAUACAUGUCGAAGUUUAAUGGAUUAUUUUGCUGGCGCAGAACGUGUUAUUCAUCGUUUGGCUGCUUUACCCACCUUCGAUGAUGAUGGUGAACUAGAAAUUGAAACUUCUGGCACUAACAAUCCACCAACUAAUUUAACAGAUGCAAUAACAGCUCAUCGGCAAACACAUUCUAAUUUAAUGAAUCAAACUGAUCGAGUUGAAGCUGCUUUACACUUAGGCAAUAAACUUUUAUCUCAAGCUCAUCCAGCAGCUGUGAAACGUUUACGUCAAUGGGUAAAUACUAUUCGUACACGAUGGGAGGAGUUAACUUCAUGGUCGGAACAACGCGGAGAACGUUUGCAAGAAGCUUUAGAAGAACAGAAUAAACGUAAACUUCAACGUGAAGAACUCAUGCAAUGGAUCCAUGUAAAAACUGGUGAAUUAAAAACUAUUCCAACAUCAAUACCGAUGUCAUCAUUGUCAUCUUCAUCGACUAAUCUACAAUCAGCUAAGAGUAAACUAGACUCAAAUGAUUCAAAGUCAAUAGACUCCAAAGACUUAUUUUCCAUAACUCAAGAACGUAUUGCUAUGUCAUCUAUAACUUCUUUAGUUCGUCAACCUAAUGUUGUUGUCAAUAGUAAUAGUAGUAUAAAUAGUAAAGAUUUAAAACAACCUGAAAUUCUUACUGACUUUACAACAGUUUUAAAUGAAAUAACCAAUUCAAAAAUCAUUGAACAAUUACUCAAUCUACAUAGUCAUUUAGAAGAAGAAGUGAGACAAAAACAACCUAUUUAUGAAAAUAUUAUAAAACAUGCUAAACGCCGUACACCAGUUAAAUCAUCUCAUAAUAUUAAUAAUAAUAAUCGCCGAAGUCGUUUACCAAUACGAUCUAGUGGUAAUCUAUUCAACCGUUCUAUUAAUACAGCAAAUCAAGAACAUAAUCCAUCUAUAUCAGUUUUCACUUCACCGAAUAUUAAUCAAUUAUAUUUAAAUUGGAGAGAAUUAUGGAUUGCAAUGUUAACACGUAAAUCCCAAUUAAAUGAACGUUUAGCUUAUUUGAAUGAAGUGGAAAAAAUGAAAAAUUUUCAUUUUGAAUCAUGGCGUCAACGUUAUGUUUCAUGGUUAAGUACAAAUAAAGCACGUGUUAUUGAUUUAUUUCAUCGUAAAGAUCGUGACCGAGAUGGUCGACUUACAAGAGCUGAAUUUAUUGAUGGUAUAAUAGAAAUGAACAGUGCAAGUCGAAAAAAAUUCCAAACAAGCCGUGUUGAAAUGGAAACAGUUGCAGAUAUAUUCGAUGCUAACGGAGAUGGAUAUAUUGAUUAUCGUGAAUGUUUAAAUGCAUUAAGAGCUAAUUAUAGUAAUUUUGAUAGAACAUCAUCGAAUACUAAUGGUGACAGUUCAUUAAGUUUAAAUCGUUUCGGUCCAUCGGAUGAAGAAACCAUUAAUGAUGAAUUAAAACGUCAAGUUGGCUUGUGUACAUGUCAUAACACAUAUAAAAUUAAGAAAAUGGCAACAAAUAAAUAUCGGUUCGGUGACUCACAAAAAUUAUGUCUAGUUCGCAUCCUUCGUAGUGCUGUAAUGGUUCGUGUAGGUGGUGGCUGGGUGACACUGGACGAAUUUUUAGUUAAAAAUGAUCCAUGUCGAGAUGCCUGUGAACGCUUAACUAGUAUAGCAGAUUUAGCUAAAGCAGCCGGUGUUGGUCACGGUUCAUACUGGUUUCCUUCAUCUGUUACUUUUCCACAUUCAUCUUCAACAGUAAAAUCAAACCAUCGAAACAACUUAAAUAAUAGUAGUAAUAAUUAUAAAUAUAAUCAUCCGGUGAUUAGUUCAACAAGUAGCUGUAGUGAAAGUGGUCAUAGUAGUAGUUGUCAUGAUAGUAAACAGAUUACUGAUUAUCUUAUGUCGAACACAAUGAAUAAAAAUUCUAUAAUAAAAUCUUCUGAAUCAUCUUUAUCUAGUUCAUCACGUUUAAAAACUGUUCAUAAACGUUCACGUAAUGAUACUCAUAAUUUAUAUCAAUUAAUGAUGAAUGGUCCUGGACAAGAUAAUGCAUUUUAUUUAGUUAUGCCUAGUACGAAGCCUAAUCCAGCAAAUCAUAAUAACUGUAGUUAUAGUAAUAAUAAUAAUAAUACCACUAAUUCUCAUACACUAGGAAAGAAACAUCAUUCAUUACGUACUAGAAAAUAAUCUAAACUUCUUAAUAAACAAUGUCAACUACAAACUACAUACAUUCAAAAAUAUACAUUUAUAUAGUUGUAUAUAUUCACACUUUAUAUGAUAUAUCUUCAUUUUACACAAAACCAAUUCUAUAAAUAUAUAAAAUAUUUUCUUUGUAAUUUAACAUUCAUUACAUUCUUUACAUUGGCCAACACUGGAGUAAUUAUUGUCUUUUACUUUGAUCAAAUGGAAUCUAGUCAUCUAUAUUUAUAUUUGUUAUUAUGAUCCACUUCUCAAUGGAAACCGAGUAGUGAUUUUAAUGAAGAUUUGCACAGUUCAUCUGAUUGUGCAAUUGCACCAAUCACACCUACAUUGACAACGUUUCAGCGUAAAUCCUCUUCCCUUACCCAUCGUCCACGAUCAUCACCAACAUCACAAUAUAGUACAACGUCAGCCAGUUCAUAUGCAUCAUUACCUACAUCAAAUCAUGAUUUGAAUGUAGUUAAAAAUAACGAUGAAAAUGAUAAUUCUGUCACUGAUAACACUAAUGCUAAUAAUAGUAAUAAUAUUAUUAAAUAUCAUUAUGAUCUACAGUCUAUAAUACCAUCUCGUCAUUCUGCUGCUUCAUUAUCUCAACCUCAUAGAAAUAGUAUGCAUGGUGAAACAAUUUAUGAAAAAAGUGUAGAUGAUAAUUUACAUCAAAGACGUGCUUCAGCACUUUGUACACCUUCCACAAGUAACGCAACACCAACAUUUUCCAAAGAAUUCAAUAACAAACAAUCUGGUGUCAUUCAAUCUGAACAUUUACCUCAAAUAAGUAAAACAAUGUCCAAAUCUCAACUUGCUACAUCCUCACCUAGGAAUGAUUCAUUACCAACUGAUUCUAAUUUAAUUCAAUUCAGUACGAAAACAAAUAAAGAUUCUGUAACUGUGCCCGGUUCAGUUUGUAAUAAUUCACGUAUAGAUAUGUUAUCAAAAUCUAAAAUUCCUUUAUUACAAUCUAAUCUAAACCCUGACAAUACAAACUAUCAACAAUCGACAGAAUUAAGUGACGUUACCGCUGAUGCUGACACCACAAAUAACAGUAAUAAUAAUAUAGCUAUGUGAAAAACUGUUUAUUAGUUGUUUAUUUUAAUUCAACUAAAUGUGUAUAUCAAAAUUUACUUUGACCCCUUAAAAAUGGUUACUUUCGUUAAUUUAUUUUCGAAUUUGUUUUCUUUUACUUAAUCACAUUAUCUAAAGCAAUUAGUCCCUUAUAUAAAUUUCGAUAGAAGAAUGAGAUCAACUCCGUCUUCUCAUUGUUCUAUCUAAAUCACAUUAUCAUUUAUUUUAUUGGAAGUAGAGUUUAUUAUUUAUUGUGUGUUGUAUUAUUCUUUUUCUGUUUUUUUUCUUUUUUGUUCGCUUUGCUUUACACAUCACAGAUUUGAAGAUAAAAUCUACUUACUUAUUGUAUAAAUAAAUAAGAAUAUUAGAUAUGUGCACUUGAAAAAUAGCCUUUAUGCGAAAAACGCUCUUUUUAUUGUUGUUUUUUUCAUAUAAUUUUAUUAAAUAACUAAUAGUCUACUUAAAUUUCUUCCUUUACACUCUUUGUUCCGAAUUACGUAGCAACAACAUCAUCAUCAACAACAACAAUAGCAAAAACAUUUACAUAUCGUUUAAAAAAAGUGUCUACAAAUGUUAUUUCUAGAUUUUAUGCGUUUUAUUAUUGGGAAUGGGUUAAUUAUUUGAUUAGUUGGAUGAAUAGGUCAAAGAGGCAGUGUGCGAUGAAUGGGCGGUGGUUAGGUCAAUCAAACAGUACUGUUGUCAUAUUUGUCCUUGUCAAUUCUAAUAUUAUAUUAAUUAAUAUACAGCUGCCAUUAUUUUGUGCUGAUAAUUUUCAUUGUAUCUACUUACGAAUUCAAGUUAAUUUUUGUUAUUUCAUUUAUUCUUAUAAAUAUUUUAUCUUGUGCUCUUUUCUUUAUCGCUUUUAUUUGUGUGAUGAACUACUUAGUUGUUCUGUAUUUCUGAUUGUCUUCAUGUGUUUUCCUAGAUUCCUUCAUACGCUUGUAUCAUUCAAUUUCUGUUGUAAGAAAAAAAGUUCUCUUAUUGUUAUUAUUCAUUGUCAGUUUAUAUGAAAAUAGAAAUACAUCUAUAUUAAUGAUGUCUUUAG